UCAACAGAGCUCAAGAGAAAGAGAGCGUUCCGCAAGUUUUCGUACCGCGGUAUCGACCUGGACGAGCUCUUGGACCUCUCCUCCGAGCAGCUCCGCGAUGUCGUCCACGCUCGCGCCCGCCGUCGGUUCAACCGCGGCCUCAAGCGCAAGCCCAUGGGCCUGAUCAAGAAGCUCCGCAAGGCCAAGCAGGAGGCCAAGCCCAACGAGAAGCCCGACCUCGUCAAGACUCACCUCCGUGACAUGAUCAUCGUCCCAGAGAUGAUCGGUUCCGUCGUCGGUGUCUACUCCGGCAAGGAAUUCAACCAGGUCGAGAUCAAGCCCGAGAUGGUUGGACAUUACCUCGCCGAGUUCUCCAUCUCUUACAAGCCAGUCAAGCACGGUAGACCCGGUAUCGGUGCUACCCACUCUUCGCGUUUCAUCCCGUUGAAGUAG